CACGUGUUUUCUCGUUCAUUUUGUCGUUGCGCGCAACACGUGCGGAGGUUCCUCCGUCUAUUAGUAGUUCUCUCAGACAAAAGCAGAUAAAAUGGCAGACGUUGAAGUCCGCAAGGAAAAGAAAAAGAAGAAGAUCAAGGAGGAGCCCCUGGACGGGGAUGAUAUUGGAACCCUGCAGAAGCAGGGCAACUUCCAGAUCAAGCCCUCCUCAAAGAUCGCAGAGCUCGAUACCUCACAAUGGCCGCUGCUGCUCAAGAACUUUGACAAGCUAAACAUUCGAUCCAACCACUACACUCCAUUGGCCCAUGGAUCUUCUCCCCUGAACCGCGACAUCAAGGAAUACAUGAAGACGGGCUUUAUCAAUCUUGACAAGCCGUCAAACCCCAGCUCCCAUGAGGUGGUGGCCUGGAUCAAGAAGAUUCUAAAGGUGGAAAAGACAGGCCACUCUGGCACGCUGGAUCCCAAAGUCACGGGUUGCCUGAUUGUGUGCAUUGACAGGGCCACCCGACUGGUCAAAUCACAACAAAGCGCUGGUAAGGAGUACGUAGCCAUCUUCAAGCUGCAUGGAGCCGUAGAGUCUGUUGCCAAAGUGCGUCAGGGUCUGGAGAAGCUGCGGGGCGCACUGUUCCAGCGACCUCCUCUCAUCUCCGCUGUGAAGCGACAACUGCGAGUCCGUACUGUUUACGACAGUAAGCUGUUGGACUACGAUGAGAGCCGGAAUAUGGGUGUUUUUUGGGUUAGUUGCGAGGCCGGCUCCUACAUCCGUACGAUGUGUGUACAUCUGGGUCUUGUUUUGGGCGUUGGUGGCCAGAUGCUGGAGCUGCGUCGUGUCCGCUCGGGCAUUCAGUCGGAGCGUGACGGCAUGGUGACUAUGCAUGACGUUUUGGACGCCAUGUGGCUGUACGAGAACCAUAAGGACGAGUCUAUGCUGCGACGUGUUAUCAAGCCGCUGGAAGGUCUGCUGGUCAACCACAAGCGCAUCAUCAUGAAAGACAGCUCGGUAAAUGCUGUUUGUUAUGGUGCCAAAAUCAUGUUGCCCGGUGUCCUGCGAUACGAGGAUGGUAUUGAGAUAGACCAGGAGAUUGUCAUUUGCACUACCAAGGGUGAAGCCAUUUGCCUGGCCAUUGCUCUUAUGACCACAGCUACUAUGUCGUCCUGCGACCAUGGUGUGGUUGCUAAGAUAAAGCGUGUGAUUAUGGAGCGUGAUACAUAUCCGCGCAAGUGGGGAUUGGGUCCCAAGGCGUCGGCUAAGAAGGCCCUCAUAGCCGCUGGCAAGCUGGAUAAAUUCGGUCGUCCCAAUGAGAACACACCUAAAGAGUGGCUCACCGGUUUUGUGGACUACAGUGCCAAGAAGGCAGCAGCAGCUCCUCAGGAGUCAGCUCCUUCAAAUGGAUCCAGUGAACCCAGCAAGCGCAAGUUGAGCACCUCGAGCGUUGAGGAAACGUCGGCACUCGCAGCCUCUGAGGAGACUCCAUCCAAGGACAAAAAGAAGAAGAAAAAGAAGCAUAAGGGCGAAGAAGAGGCACCAGUAGCUGAGGAAGAUUCAGAGCCUGUAGAAAAGGAGAAGAAAAAGAAGAAGAAGAAGGAUAAAGAUAGGGACAGAGAUGAAGCUCAGGAAUAGUAACAUGAUCGAAUGUUUCUAUAGGAUUAGGUUUUAUAGAGAACUCUACGGUUUUUUGUAGAGACACCUACCAAUUUGCUAGCUGUUAAGUUUAAGGAGUGUUUUUAUGUGUAGAAGUGCAUACAAAUAACAAAUGCAUUUAAGUGACAUUCGCAAUGCAAUAAAUUGUAUUUUUUAUUGUAAA